CCCUUCAAAAAUUUUUCUUCCAAUCUUAUCAUGGCAUUAUCAUUUCGAAUCUUCCUGCUUCUAUCUUUGCUCAUUCUUGCUUUUGUUUCCUUUGUGGCUUCUGUGGUUGUCUUCAAUCAGACAGAAACUCUUCUCAAAUGGAAAGAUGAUCUUGACAACCAUAGCCAAAUAUCCCUCUCUUCAUGGGUUGGGGAAAGUCCCUGCAGUUGGGUUGGAAUAGCCUGUGAUAAGGUUGGAAGCAUCACCAACCUAAGCCUUCCAAGUUUUGGUCUCAAAGGUACACUUCACAAUCUCAACUUUUUGGCCUUUCCUAAGCUUAUGAAGAUUGACUUUUCCAAUAACUCACUUUUCGGGACCAUUCCUUCUCACAUUAGUAAUCUCUCCACGCUCAUUUUUCUUAACUUGUUUAAGAAUAAUUUGUCAGGUCCAAUCCCUGCCUCCAUGGGAAAUAUGAGCAAUUUAUCAUUUCUUUAUCUUGGCUACAACAAGCUUUUUGGUUCAAUACCUCAAGAGAUAGGAUUGCUUAAAAACCUCAUUAGACUUGGAUUGUCUUCUAAUAAUUUGUCAGGUUCAAUCCCUAUCUCCAUAGGAAACUUAAGUAGCCUACAUCUUCUUUAUCUCUACAAAAACAAGCUCUCUGAUUCAAUACCUCAAGAGAUAGGAUUGCUUAAAAACCUUGUUGAACUUGAUUUGCAUGCUAAUAAUUUGUCAGGUUUAAUCCCUAUCUCUAUAGGGAACUUAAGCCGCCUAUCUAUUCUUUAUCUCUACAAGAAUGAGCUCUCUGGUUCAAUACCUCAAGAGAUAGGAUUGCUUAAGAACCUCAUUGAACUGGAUUUGUCUGAAAAUAAGUUGUUAGGUUCAAUCCCUGCCUCCAUAGGGAAUUUAUGCCACCUAUCUCUUCUUUAUCUCUUCAAGAAUGAGCACUCGGGUUCAAUACCUCAAGAGAUAGGAUUACUUAAGAACCUCAUUAAACUGGAUUUGUCUGAUAAUAAGUUGUUAGGUUCAAUCCCUGCCUCCAUAGGGAAUUUAUGCCACCUAUCUCUUCUUUAUCUCUUCGAGAAUGAGCUCUCGGGUUCAAUACCUCAAGAGAUUGGAUUGCUCCAAAAUCUCACUGAUCUAGAUUUCUAUUCAAAUAAUCUAUCAAGUUCAAUUCCAACGUCCAUAGGAAACUUGAGUAGAUUAAUUUUCUUAAGUCUUGAUUCCAACAACUUUUCAGGUAAUCUUCCUCUAGCGAUGAAUGCUCUAACCCUUCUACAAAAUCUACAAUUGUCUGAUAACAAAUUUAGUGGCCCUUUACCAAAAAAUCUUUGCUUCAAUGGAUUCCUCCAAAAUUUGUCAGCAUAUAACAACCAUUUUACGGGGCCAAUUCCAGUUAGUUUGAAAAAUUGUACAAGCUUGUAUAGGGUAAGACUUGAAGGGAACCAACUCACAGGGGAUAUAGAUAAGGCUUUUGGCAUAUAUCCCCAUUUGAAUUAUAUAGAUUUAAGCAACAACAAGUUCUAUGGUGAACUUUCUUCGAACUGGGGGCAGUGCCACAAACUCACAGCCUUAAAAAUCUCCAAUAACAACAUUUCUGGAAGAAUACCUGUUGAGUUAGCUCAAGCCUCGCAAUUGCAUGUGCUUGAUCUUUCUUCAAAUCAUCUAAGUGGGAAAAUUCCUCAGGAAUUGGGAAGACUAGCAUUGUUGCUCUCUCUUCAGUUGAAUAACAACCAACUUUUUGGUGAAAUACCAUCAGAGAUUGGAAUGCUAUCUGAUUUAGAGCAUCUUAACUUGGCAGCAAACAAUUUGAUCGGAUCAAUUCCAACUGAACUUGGAGAGUGCUUGAGGAUGAUAGACUUGAAUUUGAGCAAGAACAAGAUUGGAGAAACUAUUCCAUUUGUAAUUGGAAAUAUAUUCAACCUUGAAUCUCUUGACUUAAGCCAGAAUCAAUUGAUUGGAAAGAUUCCAUUAGAGCUUGCAAAAUUGCAUUCCUUGGAAAUAUUGAAUCUCUCUCACAAUUUGGAAGGCCCUAUUCCUCAUUCUAAAGCCUUUUGUGAAGCCUCAUUUGAUGCUAUUAGAAAUAACAAAGGCUUGUGUGGCAAUAUUAUGGGACUAAUGCCUUGCACUUCCAUUGGCCGCAAGAAGAGCAUCAACAAAUUGGUGAUUGUAAUUGUUGUCCCAAUUUUAGGUGGUUUGUCUUUGUUGAUUGUGUUAGUAGGGUUUUUCCUUCUAUCUUAUCGAAAAAAAUAUCAGCCAAGAGAAGUAGUAGAAUUUGAAGAUUUUCUUAAAAUUUUGGGUUUUGAUGGGAAAACCCUUUACAAAAGAAUUCUUGAAGCAACAGAACAGUUCAAUUUUAGCUACUGUAUUGGUUCUGGAGGAUAUGGAAAGGUGUAUAAAGUGACAUUGCCGAAUGGUCAAUUGGUUGCUGUGAAGAAACUUCACCCUUAUGAAGAUAAUGAGCCUAACAAUUUACGAGCCUUUGAAACUGAAAUUGGUGCUUUAGUGGACAUACGACAUCGCAAUAUUGUGAAGUUGUUUGGAUUUUAUUUAAAUGAAGAACACUCAUUCUUGAUUUAUGAGUUCAUAGAAAGGGGAAGUUUGAAAAAAAAUUUGAGCACUAUCGAAGAUGCAUUGGAGUUGGAUUGGAAUAGGAGACUAAACAUUAUCAAAGGAGUGGCAAGUGCCUUGUCUUACAUGCACCAUGAUCUCUCGAUUCCCAUGAUACAUCGAGACAUAUCAAGUAACAAUAUUCUUUUAGAUUUAGAUUAUGAGGCUCAUGUCUCUGACUUUGGCAUAGCUAAGCUUUUGAAGCCAAACUCCUCCGACUUCACUUCUUUUGCAGGCACUUUUGGCUACAUAGCUCCAGAGUUAGCUUACACAAUGCACGUGAGUGAGAAAUGUGAUGUCUACAGCUUUGGAGUGGUAACCCUUGAAAUUCUUAUGGGAAAGCAUCCAGGUGAUUUGAUUGCAAAUGUUCGAACACCACUUGGACAACAAAUGUUAUUGACGGAUGUGAUAGAUCAACGACUACGACAUCCAAGGAGGAAUCAAGUAGCUGAGCAAUUAGUUUAUACAAUAAAGCUAGCAUUUACAUGCUUGAAUGCUAAUCCCCAAUCUCGACCAAAAAUGCAACAAGUUGCUCAAGAAUUAACAAGACAUCAAUCAAUUCUAUUAUCAAAACCAUUUUCAAUGAUAAGUUUAGGAGAAUUGAUUGGUGAUGUGAUUCAAGGAUGAGGCUUUCAGGAUUUGUAUAUGUAUCAUAAAUUUGAGUGUUGUUAUCAUUUCUUUUUCUUCUCUAAUAUGUUUUACUUGCUUGUAUUGGAGUGCUUUUGUUUCUUUAGCUACUUUAGUAUAAUGCUUGUCUUCUAAGUAAUUAGGAUUUUAUUGAUUCUCAUGGUCUUGUAUUAUACUAUUUCCAAUCAUGUACACAGUGUUGAUUGGAUUGGACUUUAAUAUUUUUAAAACCAAAUUAUUUUAAUCGGUUAGUAAAAUUUUCAAAGCAAU